AUGCGGGUCUCGCCCAAGUGCUCCGUCGGCUCUGCUCAGACGGGCUGUGAUUUAGCGGUCGGCCCCAGCCAGGACCAGGGGGCUUAUUACUCGGCUACUGCUAGUGCCAGCUCCUUGCCAGCUCCCGGAGCUGCCUCCUACAGACCCCGAAGAUUGCAACAGCUCGACGGUACUGGCUAUAUGUUUGGUAUAAUAGCGAGGUUAUACGAAGCAGAUAAUACAUGUAAGAUGCAGCAGACCACUGCUACCAAUGGUAGCAGUAGUAGUAGUAUUAUCCUGAUAGUCGCGGAGCCCAACGCCCCGUACAAGGAGGCAGCUUUUGGGACCGUACUAGUAAGCGAGCCGCCCGUACGGACAGCUGCCGGUUCGCUGAGAGCUGAAUUAGCUGCUCUGCACCCCGUGUCAGGACAGCUGCACAGUAAGUACCACCUAUGCUUGUUGGUGAUGGAGGGCUGGGGGGAUGCAUGGCCCGGUAAGGCGGCCGGAUUGCCGCUGGACCCGGUCCAAUCGAGUCUCAAGCUGCACGAGCAACCCUGGAGAUCUAUUGAAUUCGACCUCACUACGGCAUAUUAUUAG